AGAGAGAGAGAGAGAGAGAGAGAGAGAGAGAGAGAGAGAGCCAAUGUACAGUCAAAGCACUUUCAGAUAAUUUUGUGAUAUUAUUUUUUUUUUAGAAAAAGCGCUACAAUCCCGGGCCAUACUUGAACCGAGCUUUAAAUCCUUUUUUCCUGUAUCUAUAACUGUGCUCCUUUUUGUUCUUUGUCUCCAUUUGGAAGAGCUCUGCUUCUCCUCAGAGUGGAUUAUCAGUAACAUGUCUUUCUGAAAGUUACUGAGGUGCAAGAAGAAGAAAGAAGUCAGAUUCUCGGAUGGCAAAUCAUAGAGAUGAUGAAAAUGGUUUCUCAGAUUCUGGAGGAUCUUUGAGCCAAUCACUUGUUUAUGGAACUCAAUUCUCCAGGCCAACUGCAACCAGCUUUUGUGAUCAACAAGGGGAUGUUUACUUGGGUGACUGGGAAGAGGCUGUCAUGCAGGGAGUUGGCAUAAGAAAUGAUGGAGACAGAAAGUCCUAUCUCACACCCAAACCCUCCAUACUUGAGAUCUUCCCCUCAUGGCCAAUGAGAUACCAGCUGCAAAUUCAUACAGGGAAUUUACUAUCAGCAAGGAGUAAUGAUUCAGCUGCACCCCAGAACACAAUAAACCAGCAAGAAUUAGAGUCCUCAGCAAGCAUGAUAGCCUCCUCAGAGCAUAACAAACAGAAGCAGAAGCAGAAGCAGAAGCAAAAAGAGAUGAUGAUGUCAAGUGAUGGGUCAAAAGCAGCAACAGUAGCACCAAUUCAUCAGGCAGUAGCAAUCCAAGAGAAGGGUAGAAUUGCUGGGUCAACUAGGAAAGAUGUGAAAUUACUUGAUCCCAAGACCUUGAGACGGUUAGCUCAAAACAGAGAGGCAGCAAGGAAAAGCAGGAUGCGUAAGAAGGCUUACGUGCAACAGCUUGAGUCAAGCAGAAUCAGGCUUCAACAGCUAGAAUUAAAUCUCCAAAGAGCUCGAUCCCAGGGUGUAUUUCCAGGAGGAUGCAAUGCGCUUGGAGAUACAACUUCUGGUGCUGUGAUGUUCGACAUGGAGUACGCUCGAUGGAUGGAGAAUAACAGAAAGCGCUUAUCGGAGCUUCGAGGUGGACUACAGACUCACCUGCACGACGAAAAUCUUAGCCUCAUCGUCGAUGAGUGCAUCGCACAUUAUGAUGAGCUCUUCCGUCUGAAGGCUGCAGUGGCCAGAUCGGACGUCUUCCACCUCCUGACCGGAAUGUGGAUAACCCCGGCCGAGCGGUGCUUCUUGUGGAUGGGCGGAUUCAAGCCCUCGGAGCUCCUCAAGAUGCUGAUGCCUCAGCUAGAUCUACUGACGGAGCAGCAGCUGAUGGGCAUCUGCAAUCUGCAGCAGUCGUUGCAGCAGGCGGAGGAGGCCCUCUCCCAGGGCCUCGGACAGCUCCGGUUAUUACUGGCUGAAACGGUGGCCAGCGGGUCUCCCAUCCAUGAAAGCACUUAUGCAGGAAACCACAUGUUGAUCGCAUUGGGGAAGCUCGCGAACCUCGAAGGCUUCGUCCGACAGGCUGACAAUUUGAGGCAGCAGACAUUGCAUCAACUGCGCCGACUUUUAACUACUCGACAGGCAGCCAGAUGCUUUCUAGUGAUCGGAGAAUACUUUAAUCACCUUCGAGCUCUCAGCGCCCUCUGGGCAUCCCGCCCUCGAGAGAGCUUCAUAGCAAAUGAAACUGCAUGCCCUACAGCAACAGACCCACAAAUGGUUCAUCAACCACAAGGAAGUCAGUUCUCUGCCUUCUAACAGCUCCACUGAGAGAAUCUUCCUGUUGGUAACUCCAAGUUUUAAGGAUAUUAUUUCUGAUGAGAGAGAGAGAGAGAGAGAGAGAGAGAGAGAGAGCCGAGGAUUAUGUCCCAUUGUAAUUAUCAAUGUAUAAAGAAGAUUCACUAAGCAAAAGCAAUUAUAGUCAGAUAGUCAUAAGCUUUGGAGUUGCUCUAUCUUCUAAUGGCUUUUGAACAAGAUGAAGGGUUAGGAGAGUAAAAUAAGUAAUGGAAGGCAAAGUACAGGGAAGGAUGUUGAUGUUCUCUAUUGAUUCGUAGAUUUGAACUAGAAAAAUAUCAUA